GAAAGCAUUUUCCUGAAAUAGUCAUUUCACAUGACCCAUAGUUGACGAUAGGGCAGCGCGUCGUAGCACUGGCGAAGCCAUCCUCGUAGGCAGCUGUAGUGUUCUGUCGAGCUUCGUCUAGUUCGUCGUCUCUUAGGAAUUGGUUGUUUCUAGUCCGGUUGGUAGACCAUCGGUCGAUCGUACGCGAUGGCGUGUGUGCGGGAGCAGGCAAUACCUGUGACACCUGCUGCCUCGGGAGAGCCGAGCGAUGUUGAAGCCUCCCCGCCUCGGCUAUCCACGGACUUCCGCGUCAAGGAAGCUCGCCAGCGCCGCCAGGAGUUCCACCAGUGGCUGUCCAGCAAGGCACGCGCUUCUCAGCACGCCAGCAGCCGACGCGCCACCAGCAACGAUAGUCCGAGCAGCGACAGCCCCAGCAGCGUCAGCAGCAGGAGCAGCAGAACGAGCCGGAGCAGCACCAGCAGCAGCAGCAGCAGCGGUUCUGGCAGUUCUGGCCUGUCUGCAGUUACCAGUGAGGCGGAUGCCGAUCCUGACGCGGUUAACGGUAACGGUAACGUUAACGGUGACGACAACCAAGUGACUGACGAUGAGGACGUAGCGACGGAGCAGCAGCAGGAGGAGAUGGCUCGCCGCCUGGAGCAGCGCCUCAUGUCGGCCGAGAAGAAACGUCUGGAGCGCGAGACGCGCAAGAAGGAGCAGCAGGUCAGGUCCGCGCAGUUGCGCCGCCAGGCGCGCGCGGCGGCGCAGCAGCGGCUGGAGGCGUGGGUGGCGGGCGUGGAGCAGCAGCGCGAGGUGCGCGCGGAGAAGGCGCAGAGCAACCGCGCGGCGAUCCUCACGGCGGAGCAGCAGAAGCGCGCGCAGCACUUCGAGCGCGUCUCCACGCGGACCGCGCAGCGCGCCAAACAGGCGCAGCUGGAGCAGGAGCGCGCAAGCCAGCUCCUCCAGGCGCUCUCCGACCGCAUCGCCGCCGCGUCCUCCAAGCGGGAUGCGCGCCUCUUGGCGGAGCGCCAGCGCGCAGCCGCGCAGUGGGAGCAGGCGCGCCAGGUGGCGGCGGCGGUGGUGGCGCAGCGGGAGAGGGAUCACCGCGAGCGGCGGGAGCGGCUGGAGCGCAAGGUGGCGAAGGCGCGGGGGAGGCGCGCGGAGAUGCUGUUGCGGCGGAAGGGCGGGCGGCGGAGCGUGGUGUACAACCAGACUCUGUGCCGCCGCGUGCAGUGGCAGCUGCUCUCGCGCCGCCUGCUGCGCUGCUGGCGCCAGUUCAAGGGCACCAACAAGACCACGCUCGAGCUCGCGCGCGCCUUCUGCGCCUGCCAAGUCAGCCGCGCGCGCCUCGUCCGCCUGCCCUUUCCCCGCGUGGCCGCGCGUAUUCAGUCCCCCGCCUCGCUCUCCGCCACCGAGGCCCUCCUGCAGCGCCUGCACGCGCGCCUGCUCGUCUCCUCCGCCGUCGCUUCCGCCUCCGCCUCUGCCGCAGCUUCCCCCACAGCCUCCCCGGCUAGCAGCCCGUCGUCCUCCCCCUCGCCCUCCCCCCAGAAGCAGCCGAGCGGGCGAGGCAAUGCCGUGGGCGCAGCAGGUGUGAGGGACAUCGACGACCUUCUGAUCAGAGUGGCACCUCCCCCGGGUAAACCCAAGGCGGCGGCAGCAGGGGCGAGCAGUGCAGCUGCCGCUAUUGCUGGCGGGAGUGGCACUAGCAGCGGUACAGUGGCGGGCAGCGAGGGGUGUCCGCGGCGGUUCCGGUACCCGACGCGCGUGUUUCUGUGCGCGUACAUGAUUGUGCUGCACCCCGAGGCCGUGCUCUCGUGCCUCACGGGGGAGAGGGAGAGCGCCCUGACGCAGGCCGCUGCCGCCCUCGUCAACGCCUUCGAGGGCCUCGUGCGCUUCCUGCUGCGUCGAACCACCACUGCUGCUGCUUCCUCUGCUGCUGCUGCUCCCUCCGCUGCUCCUGCUGCGGCUGCCUCUCCUGCGGUUUCGUCUGCGAGUCCAUCCGCCGCCGCUCCUGCCGUGGCGUCCGCGCCUGCCACUGCCAGUGCGGCGGGAGAGGCGGCAGCAGCGAAGCCGUUCUCGCAGCACCUGGCGGAGUUUGACGCCGCGUGGGUGACGUACCUCGAGCGAUUCGCCAACUGGAAGGCGAGCGACAAGGAGCGCAUGGAAGCUGACAUGAUCAACAUGGCGUGCCAGAUGCACGCCAGCAUGCUGCGGCGCACGGGGCACCUGGCGGACGCGCACAUGUCGGAGGACCUCAGGGCCAUCCGGGAACAGGUGGCGCAGGACAUCCCCAUGCUGCGCAGCAAGGUCAGGGGGCUGGCCGGGGCAGCAGGCGUGGCUCGCAUGGACGACGCCCUCGCCCGCACUGAGCGAGACUUCCACGCCGGCACCCUCCUGGGCUCCCCUUCCCCCUCCCCCUCCCCGUCUCCCUCCCCUUCCCCCUCCCCGUCCCCCUCCCGCCCUUUGUCCGCCACUCCCUCCCCCGCCUGCUCGCCCUUCACCCUCUCACGCGCCUCGCCUGGCAUGUCGUCUCCCACCAGCUUCUCGCUUUCCUCCUCCCCCACCAACCCAAGCCCUCUCUCUGCGUCUUCUGCGACUGCUGCCGCUACCACAGCCCCCCCUGCACCAGCUGACUCCGCCUCUGCCCCUGCUGCCUCUGCUGCUCCCAAGGCCCGCCGCUCCCUCUUCAAGUUCGCCUUCCCGCCUGCCAAGCCAGCGCCUGCCGGCGGCUCGGACGAGACAUCCAAGGCUGCCAGGGAGGUUCGGGGUGCGUUGCAUGGUGCAGCCUCGGGUCCGGGUGGUGUCAGUCUCAGGCGGCCUGGUGCUUUCUUGGUGCCUCUGGACGCUCGAUCCUCAGCCUCUUCCCUCUCCACUGCCCCCGCGCCUGCUGCUGCUGCUGCUGCUGCUGCUGCUGCUGCUGCUGCUGCUGCUGCUGCUGCUGCUGCUGCUGCUGCUGCUGCUGCUGCUGCUGCUGCUGCUGCUGCUGCUGCUGCUGCUGCUGCUGCUGCUGCCCCGGGUGCCAGCCCCUCUCUGGUGGCCCUUUCCAUGGCCGCUCCUCCUCCACCCCCCGACCUGCUGCAGCUGCAGCUCAGCCUGUACAGGAGCACCAGGUUGCAGCCCAGCGCUGCUGCGGGUGCUGCUGCUGGUUCCGCAGAAGGUGCUGGGGACCUGGAGACAAGGCUUAAGGCCGCCAUGCACCGUGCCUUCUGGGACUCCACCCUCGCCUCCCUCCUCGCCUCGCCGCCCGACACUGCUGCGGCGGCCCGCCUGGUGGCUGAGCUGCGGGGCGAGCUGGUGCGCAUUGCGCCACGGCAGUGGGAGGCCGAGGUGACGAGCAACCUGGCUCUGGACGAGGCCGAUCUCCUCAAGAUGCUCACACCCGGCAUGCCCGACUCGUUCCACAGCCUGCAGGCGCUGCUGGCCUACGCCACGGACCUCACGCUGCGCCUGGGGGCGCCAUUCAGGGACGACGCCACACGUGCCGCCCUGGCGCGGCUCAACCACGAGCUGGGAGCGCUGGUGGCGACAGGUGGCGUGCAGGCAUUGGCUGAAGUGGUGGUGAAGGGGCUCAAGUUCGCCUUCGAACGGCUGGAGGAGCUCAAGGCGGACAUAGCAGCGGCUCGAACGCGCCUCACGCCCCUCGCCACCACCGUCUCCAACCUGCAAGCUGCCCUGGCCAAACGUCUCGACCUGCCCGUGUACCCCACUCCUGUGGCCCUCUCCUCGUCUGCUUCCUCUCCCACACUAAGCCUCUCCAUCAUCAAGGAGAAGCUUCCACGCACUUUCUCCUGGGUCGCAAACUCUCUCAACCAAUCCAUCCCCUCUGCACGAGCCGAGCUCCAACCAUACCUCGCCACGUCAUCGUCUGCUUCCUCCAGCUCAGCAGCAUCUUCAGCAGCUGCCACCCUUCCCUCUGCGUCCGCCCUCCGCACCGGCCAGCGCACCUUGUCUUCUUCUGGGGCAAGCAACACCAGUAGUGCAACUGGGUGUAUUGAGUGGGUGGCAGCAGCGUGUGUGGUGCGCGUGGGGCUGGUGGAUGUGGUGACGUCAGCGGAGGGGGCGGAGGCAGGGGCAGUGGCGGAGGCGCUGUGGCUGGACGUGGGGAAGCUGAGGCAGGCGCAGAACGAGUUCCAAUGUGUGAUCGUGGUGGCCACUGGUCUCUUGCUGCUGCGUCAGCUGCUGGCAUCGCGAGCCAUCCUGCCAUCGCCAGCAGUGGAGGCCGUGGUGGCUGCCACUCGCACCACUCUCGCCCGCCUUGUCUCCUCCCCCGAUGCCUCCCGCGCCGCCCUUGCCUCGGCCCUGGCCGACGCUGUCAUGGCUGCAGCCAACACCAAGACACCAAGUCAUGCCUCCGCUGUCCCCGCCCCUACCGCUUCCACCCCAGACAAGGCAGCUCUUGAAUCCCUGGCGUCCAGCCUGCUGCUGCGUUCCCUCAACCCGUCCGACGCCAUCUUUCAGCGCGUCCGCGCCUCCGUUACCGCUGCCCUCCGUGCUCUCCUGCUGCUGCGCCCCGUCAGCCAAUCGCAGGCCUUCCUUGCCGCCCAGGCUGCUCUCAGGAAGGCUGCUGCAGGGGACCUUCUUAGCGGGGAUGAGGGGGAGGGGGGCCAGGGAGUGGGUGUGGGGGUGACGAAGGUGGUGGGCCUUGUGAACGAAAUUGCUGACGUCAUGCUGGCAGUGCACGAGCCGUUGGUGCGGGUGGCCAUGGCAGAUGGCAGUGCCACCUCUUGAGUCUUUGCUGAGCCAUGGUUGAGGUGGUAGAGAGGGCUGCUGGAUGGCUUAACAGGUGAUGCUACCAACAGAGCAGUUUAUUGCUGGGGCUGCUGGGUUGCUCUUGGCAUCAAGGGAUUGAUUGAUUGCUGCUUGAGCUGGCUACAAGAUGGCUGUGGGAGGGUCUGAGGGCGGUAGCAGGUUCGGUCCAACGCAAGUUGACCAGCAAGAAUGUGUGGUGAGGACGUUUGGGGCCAUAUCUUUCGUUCCAUCAAGUGGUUGUACGUAGUGCCAUGUAGUUGUAUAUUUUGGGCUGGUACCAAGUCUCAAGGAGACAGUGUUCGCUCUUAGAAUCUAACGGUUGUGUAGGCUGUAUUCGCUUGAUUUCUGUCUUUUAAUGUGGAUGCUUUGUAAGUACAAAUGC